UGUGUUGUUCUGUGCCUGCCUUAGUUUAUUUAUUAAAUUUUGUUUUGCCACUGAGCAUUUCUCCUGCCUGCGGCUCCUGCUUUUGGGUCCUCCACCUUCCAGCCUCCGUAACAGAAUGGACCAACCCAUACAGGACCCAGCGGAGCAAUUUUGUUUGGGAGAACUGGCCGACUGCAACCGGUCGCUGGCGGCUAAAAUCGCCCAGAUCUCACAGCAGGUCGCGGAGAUCACCUCAUCUGUUAGGACGAUGGUUGCAUCCCGGGCUCCGGCUGCUCCUGCAAGUGCACUUCUCGGGGGUAUCGGCAAUUUGCAGGCUAGCCGCAACCCCGACACCAGCCUCAGCUUCCUGGCAGUCCCAGCUACCAGCCCCACCAGUCCCAGCAGCCUGACGAGUCCAGCCACCAGUCCCAGCAGCCUGGCGAGUCCAGCCACCAUUCUCAGCCGUCUGGCGAGUCCAGCCACCAGUCUCAGCUGCCCAGUAAGUCCAGUCACUAGCCUCAGCAGUCUAGCUAGCCCAGCUACCAACUCCAGCAGUCUAGCAAGCCCAGUUCCCUGUGUUCGGCUGGCUGACCCGGUGCCAGUCCCUGUCCCGGUUCCCUGUGUUCGACUGGCUGACCCGGUGCCAGUCCCUGUCCCGGUUCCCCGUGUUCGACUGGCUGAUCCGGUCCCAGUCCCUGUCCCAGUUCCCCGAGUUCGACUGGCUGACCCGGUCCCAGUCCCUGUCCCAGUUCCCAGAGUCCAACUGGCUGCUCCUGUCCCAAUUCCCCGAGCCGGACCGGCUGCCCCGGUACCAGUCCCUGUUCCCGUACCAGUUCCUCGUGCCCGACUGGCUGUCCCGGUCCCUGCCCCAGUUCCCAGAGUCCGACUGGUUGCCCCGGCCCCAGUCCCUGUCAAAGUUCCCCGAGUGGAUGUUGCCGCUGCCCGGCGGUCCCGAGUCCACGCUGCCGCUGCCCGGCGGUCCCGAGUCCACGCUGCCGCUGCCCGGCGGUCCCGAGUCCACGCUGCCGCUGCCCGGCGGUCCCGAGUCCACGCCGCCGCUGCUGCUGCCGCUGCUGCUGCCGCUGCCCGGCGGUCCCGAGCCCACGCUGCCGCUGCCCGGCGGUCCCGAGUCCACGCUGCAGGACUUCAUGGUUGGCCUGCAGUCUGGUGCCGCCCGCACUGCCGCCAUCCAGGGAGGUUCCGCCUUGGCCGCCAGCGCUCCGGCCGUCCGCCGGAGCACCGCCCCGUGCUUGGUUCCUGGCGCCCUGGCCGUCCGCCCGAGCACCGCCCCGUGCUUGGUUCUUCGCGCCCUGGCCGUCCGCCCGAGCACCGCCCCGUGCUUGGUUCUUCGCGCCCUGGCCGUCCGCCCGAGCACCGCCCCGUCCUUGGUUCUUCGCGCCCUGGCCAUCCGCCCGAGCAUCGCCCCGCCCGUGGUCAUCUGCCCUCUGGCCUUCCACCAGAGUCCAGCUCUGAGCCCUGUUUUGGCCUCCUCCUCCCCCCGUCUUAUGACGGCCAUCCAUCCCCGUGCCCCUGAUACUGUUUUUGGGACGUCAGGAGCCGUCCCUUGAGGGGGGGGUUCUGUCAUGGUUUUGGGUUGCUUGUGUUUUGUUUGGUUCUGUUUCAUGUGUUUCUGUCAUGGUUUUGUGUUUUG